AUAAAGCUCAGGCUGAACUUUGUCCUACCUCCAGAACGAAAAACAACAGGCAGAGUAUAAAAGGGGGGAGCAGGAGAGGAGGAGACUUGUUUUGUUCAAGGAGCUGCAACAACACAGAGCUGAGUAGAGAGACGAAAACUUUUCAACCAAAAGGAUUUGGGCAGUGAGGAGGCGGCGUCCCAGGGAUGUGGGCGUACCUCAGCCUGCUCGUCGCUCUCUGCCUGCUCCGAGGGGGCGGUGCGGAGAGCGUUGGGGGUGGGCCUCAUUGUCAGCUGCCUUCGCCAUGGAGGAUAGGGGAGGUGGAGCCUAUGCAGGGGACGAUGGGCCGGGUGACGGUGGUGGCCCUCUUGCAGGCCAGCUGAUUGUUCUGCUUGGUGCAGGCCUCCAGAAUGGACGGCCUGCGCCAGAAGCUGGAGAGUCAGGGUCUGAAGGACGUGGCCUACAUGGUCGUUAACCAGCAGGGGGAGCAGGCACGGCGCCUGCACCCCAUGCUGGCACAGAGGCUGUCGGUGAACAUCGACCUCUACAAACAGGACGAGCAGCAACCUGAUGUCUGGAAGACGCUGGGCGGAGACAAGGACGACUUUCUGGUUUACGACAGGUGUGGCCGUCUCACGCACCACAUCGCUCUCCCCUACUCCAUCAUCGGUCAGGGCCACGUUGAGAGCGCCAUCAAAGAUGCCUACUGCAAGCGCACAUGUGGGGAUUGUGUGCACGAGAGUGCCACGACACCUGAGGAGUGUGUAGAGAAAGCGGUUGCACAGCCUGACGCCGACGCUCCCCCAGUCGUAGAGGACAAUGGUGGGGGAGGUGGACAUCAUGGACAUCACCACCACGGCCACGGCCACCACCGUGGUCAUCACCACGGUCAUCACCAUGGUCAUCACCAUGGGGGCGACCAUGGCGCCGGCCAGCAAGCUGUAGUACACCAAGAGCAUGAGCGAGAUGGUGGCGCAUCUCACGGGCAACAUAAUUCCGCCUUAGACCAGAUGCAGCAACAAGCGCACAUUCCCCAGAUGCCGCACGGGGCCCAAGCGGCCCCGGUCAGGCCCUGAGUGGAAGAGAACGCCAAAUGAAAGUCAAAGCACAGCUGAAAGCUGACGGCGGGCUCCGACAACGAAGCCUCCCUCAAGCUCAGCUGAUGCUGCCACUGACGCAGGCUGUUCGGCGAGGUGGGGAGCGAGCAGCCGCUGGGUCUGUGACACUGUGACGAGGCGCUGCCCGCCUCCUGACAGUGACACGGGCUGACGGACGGCGUGGCCAACAACGUCAGGGAGACCUGACAGUGUCGCUCGCCCCCGGCCGCCUGACAGCAGCCCGAGCCGGCCCCGUGAGCCUGAGCCGCCGGUGUGAGCUGAGGAUGAGAGCAGCUGUAGGCUGAUUUUCAGCCUCAGACUGCGAACACCCAGAAACACCGGGGCCCGAGCGCACUCUUAUACCAACAAGUGUUACCCUGGGAGAGGGCAGGGCAAACCCGUGCCCCAUGCGGGUGGGACAGAUGAACACAGGUCCAAAAAUCAAACUGAUAAAGAUUAAACAAUGCCAACAAUGUGCUGGCUUGCAUGAGUAAUUUGGUGACAGGUAUACAAAUCAUGACAUUGUUUCUGAAAGAAUAUAUGCUGUGUUUCACCUGUUCUCCAUGCGUGGGUCUGCGGGACGCCCCGGUCCCGUCUCGGGGGGGGCGGGCUCUUGUGGUUGUCGUGUUCACAAACGGGCCCCUUCCGUUUGUCUCUCUCCAUCCUUUAUGAAGCCAGGCGCAGAAACUACGCUCUAGUGGCGUCUGUUGGAGGUCAGGAAGGAGGGAGAGGAGAGGGCAGUUCAUGAGCACGACAAACACGUUAAACAUUUCGGAGGAAAGGAAGAGGACAUUAUUUGAGGAAAAGUGUAAAAGUGUAGAAUCUGCAAAAAAAAAAAUCAAACUACAACCGAACGAAAGAAGGUUGCAGUGAAUGGCACAUUUAUUUGUUAGCGAAAUCUGAAAAGCACCUUUUUUAUUUUCUGGGAUCACAGUCCUGACACUCCUGAUACUUUUUUUUUUCUUUGCAGUGCAUUGUUCAUGAGCACAUAUAACCACCACAAAAAAACAUAGAGCAAGCAUGUUUGGAUUUAAAAUGCUGAGUGCAAGAAAAACAAAUGAAAAGACUCUAUUGUAAUGAGAAAGGCAGCGGGAAACUGAGCGUGAAGCUUCAACUGUUGGAAUACACCCUCUGUACUCAAUGAUGGUUUCAGUGGAAAGAUUAAACGUCACCCUGAAAACCUGAUGCUUGUACAGGAAACUGUAUUGUGUAACGAAUGUCAAAUAUGGAACUGAGAGUUGAAUAAAGAUGGUUGAGUUACUUUU